GUUGCAAGCAACGAGAGGUGGAGAUAGACUGAGGCAGAGACGGGCAUUCGCAGUGAAGCUUCUCAGGGACUAUCAACAGGGCGUACUAUAGAACGCAAGAGGAAAAUUGGGGUAUGAGAUCCGUCAGAAUCCGCUCCCAUCCUUCGCUGCCCAAGGCUCAGUCUGACUGACAACAAUCGGUUCAGCACCACCACCGCCUAACCUCUCAGAUAAGCCCAAUAUCGGCAAACUCGCACAAACAUGGAGCUGAGAGUGGGGAAUAAGUAUCGGCUUGGGCGCAAGAUUGGCAGUGGCUCUUUUGGUGACAUAUACUUAGGUGCCAACAUCGCCACAGGAGAGGAGGUGGCCAUAAAGCUGGAAUGUGUGAAGACCAAACACCCUCAGCUACACAUAGAGAGCAAGUUCUACAAGAUGAUGCAGGGAGGAGUUGGCAUUCCCUCUAUAAAGUGGUGUGGUGCAGAGGGGGACUACAAUGUCAUGGUUAUGGAGCUUCUGGGUCCUAGCCUGGAGGACCUCUUCAAUUUCUGCUCCCGAAAGUUCAGCUUGAAGACUGUGCUCUUACUUGCCGACCAAAUGAUAAGCCGCAUUGAGUACAUCCACUCCAAGAAUUUCAUCCAUCGUGAUGUCAAACCUGACAACUUUCUCAUGGGCCUGGGCAAGAAGGGAAACCUGGUCUACAUCAUCGACUUUGGUCUGGCCAAGAAAUACCGUGACGCCCGCACCCACCAGCACAUCCCCUACCGGGAGAACAAGAACCUGACUGGCACUGCUCGCUAUGCUUCAAUCAAUACGCAUCUGGGCAUAGAGCAGUCAAGGCGUGAUGACCUGGAGUCCCUAGGCUACGUGCUCAUGUACUUCAACCUGGGCUCCUUGCCUUGGCAAGGCCUUAAGGCUGCCACCAAGAGGCAGAAGUACGAGCGCAUCAGCGAGAAAAAAAUGUCCACGCCCAUCGAGGUGCUGUGCAAGGGCUAUCCAUCUGAGUUUUCCACCUACCUGAAUUUCUGUCGCUCUUUGCGCUUUGAUGACAAGCCAGACUAUUCGUACCUUCGUCAGCUCUUCAGAAAUUUGUUCCACAGACAAGGCUUCUCCUACGACUAUGUCUUUGACUGGAACAUGCUUAAGUUUGGUGCCAGCAGAACGGCAGAAGAGGGUGAUCGGGAGAGGAGGGGAGGCGAGGAGCGUGACGAGCGAAUUGGUGGGGGGCCACGAGGGUUGGCUGCACGGGGUCACCCACCUGGCCCCAACCCCUCCGCACCCAACCGGGUGAGAAACGGUCCUGAACAGGCCAUCUCCAACCCCGCCUCGCGAGUCCAGCAGUCUGGGAACACGUCGCCUCGGGCUAUCUCGCGUGCGGAGAGGGAGAGGAAAGUCAGUAUGCGCCUCCACCGAGGGGCACCCGCCAACGUGUCUUCGUCUGACCUCACUGCCCGCCACGACCAGUCUCGCAUUUCCACGUCACAGGUCAGCAUGCCGUUCGAGCACCUAGGGAAGUGAGUCCUUCAGCUCCAUGCACACUGGAUACUGACUGGGCAUCAGGUGACACCCCUUGCUCCAGAUUCUUUUGGUUUUGUUUGUUGUUUUAAUGUUGCCAGCGAGACAGACAGAUGGACAUUGAAGGAAUGAAUGGGGAAAAAGAGGCUGAAUGGGUGUGAGUUGAUGGGUUGCAGAAGUUGGCCAAGAGAGGUCCUUACCUAUCUUCAACCAAAAGUCAUUCAGGGGAAAGAAAAACAAACAGUAUUUUUCUCCUCACACUGAAGACUGAACUAUCCUGCAUUAUUUCCCACAUGUUCUCCAUUCGACUAUGUCCUCAUCACAACUGGGACACUGUCCAUUUCCCAGUAUGUCAUAGGCAGGCCUGGAAUGAUCCAAGAUGGUAGAUUGAUGCAUCUAGUUUUAAUUGUUCCUACAGAGAAUGUAGCUGUUAGCAUGUGCAUAUUCCAAUCUGUGAGAAGUGAACAUGUUAGUCUUUCACCAGUGUAAUUUGCACACUCAAAGCCCAUGGUACCUGUCUUCAUUCUGGUUGUGCUUUGUUUUGUUUUAAUCUGUUGUAUUAAUUGUAGGACAGCCAGGAUAUAUCAUUCACUCUUAAGAUGGGUGGUUUAUUAUGUAUUCAUGGUUUAUUGGAGAAGUGAAAUUAAAGAGAGAGAGAGCGAAAGAGAGAGAGUAGGAAAAUUAAGUCUAAGAGAAAGAUGUAGGAAAGAAUAUAGAGGGCAGAGAGAGAAAGCUUUGGGAAGUGAAGAUUAGUGCAGGUGCUCUGUUGGAGUACAGGAUGGAAAGGCACAGGGUUGGAUCUUUGCCCCUUCUCUUGCCAAUGUCUUACUUGUCGUAUUCUCUGUCAAUGUGAUCAUGAAUGUUUUGUGACCAACUUGACAACAAGCUAACGUCAAGGACCAUGGGCCUGGUGGCUAAGAUGGAAACACUUCAUUGUUCUUUUUUAUUUCCGAAAUACCCACUUGAGCCCAUUUCCUUUUUUAAAUCCAUACACACACCUGUGGAGGUGAUAUUUCACUUUUUUUGUUUUGGUGCCACACCACUCCAAGACUUGAGUCACAUGCAGACAGUGGACACUGACCUUUCUCAAUGUAUUUGACUAGAGACUGCGUAAAGGAAAAAAAAAUCAGCCAACUAUCGUGGCAGUAAUUCUUAUGAUUGUUCUUAUUGUCAACAUUUUUUUUUUACUUUUUAAUUAUGUUUGUUUCUGGAGAUCUGGUGGGAUGGGGGGGCAUGAAGUAGAAUGACAUUUCUUUACUUUUUUUACGUCACUGUAAUUUUUCUGUGUAAAGCCAAAAUGUCGUUGGUUGUUUCGAGGUGUAAUGUAGAAAAAAUAAAAUGCUUAAACCUGGGGAGGGAUCAGAGUUUUAUGAAAUAUAUAUACACAUUAUAUAUAUAUAUAAAAAGUACUAAAUUUGAGUGGGACUCAAAGUGUCACCUUGCUUACUGGGUCAUUUAACAGCACUGCUGGGUGUGUCAGCUUUCCUAUUAUGUCAUCUUCUCUGCAGUGGUGUGUGAAGCUUUUCUCAAAGGAGUGUCAUGCUCAGGUGAAAUUGUUUAACUGAAGGUGUGGGAGAGGCUUACUAAGUGAUGGCCAUUGUUUUAUUUUUUAGUAAUUUUUCCCACUUUUUAUGUUUUAAUUUUUAUGUUUCCCUGUGUGUCUGCCUAAAUGUGUAUGGGGUACACCCAAUGACAGUCCCUUACUUGUAUGAGGGGGCAGGGGACGGAUGGGUUGAACCCUAAUAUGGGGGUCUUGGCUUGAUAUUUUGCACCUGGAAACUUCUAUUGGUUAUUUAGACUACAGUUACAGUUGAUCAACAUAUCUGCCAAAAAGGAGGAAUUCUGAUGUUUUGGCCAUCUCUGUUUACAGUAUGCAUCCUGAUCCUGAGACUGUGGUGCAAUCACAGUAAGACUGUUCGUGCCAUGUCAGCAGGCUGUUUAAUGACCCAGUAGCAAUUCCAAGGGAGGAAGGGGUUCUGGGUGGUAUAGGGCUAGAAAAUAUUAUUGGUCAGGAAAGGAUAGGGGGACAAAGAUUCACUUUCUGUAUUGUGUACUGAUAUCUUGUACAGUUCUUUAACACACUUUAACUUUAUUUACAACAGUAUUUGUGUAUAUUUUAUGAAGUAAUAAUAAAAAGUAAACAAAACA